UGCAAAUUCAAGCACUUAAUCACGAAAAGUCAAAUCAUAAUGGUAUACUUUCCUACGAUAUUUGUGAAGUUAUUGCGAAUAAUUCCAAAACUACAAGGAUUGACACCCUUAGCUGAUCAUCUCCCUUGUCCCAAAUUAUCACGUGUUUCAAGUUUCAUAGUUCACACUUCUAGACAGGAAAGUUCCUGCUCGUAGUACCUUCCUCGGUCCCCCUCCAGUCAAAAGGUGCCGGCCAUCUCAUUUUCUUCCUCUGGUCUUCAUAUAUAAAAAGAUGAGGUUUUGCACGAAACUUAUCUCAACUUCAUUUUCUUUCGUUCAUCGGUUUGUAUACGCUUCUGAUCAAAACCCUUUUUAUCUUGAUCCCUCUUGCUCAAAUUUAGCCAUGGAAAUCGUAGAAAACUUGGGAGAUAUUCUGUUCAAGGUGGGCUUGUUUGUUUUAGUUCAGGCUCUAGUAUAUCUUGUUCUAUCUCAGUCUUCCAACGUGUUCUCAAAAACACAAAGGUCCUUCAGUUUCAAGCCAGCUCGGUCCAUCAGCAUCCAGCGCAUGGCCGCGGCUUUGGCGGAUAUGCCGGCCGGAGGCGAGUCGUCACCCACUGUAAAUGAUGGAAGAUCUCUCACCAGACAGAGGUCAACCGCGCAGGAUUGAUUAUAAGAGUUUUAUAGCUUUGCAUAAAACAUUAUGCCAAGAUUUUGUUGAUGAAUUCGUGAUUAUUUUUUUGAACUUUGGUGUGUUUAGGUAUUGGUUUGUUCUGUGAGUUAAGACACUAUUCUCAUUGUAUUUUUGUAUAUAUUAUUGAUCUUCAUUUGUUCUCAACAACAACAUUACAAUUUGCUUUUAGUCUGAAGGUUUGUCAUAUGGUACUUAUUACCUGUAUGAAAUAAAGAGAAAAAGAAUUGGGCUGCUUCAAU